AUGAUCCGCGAUGGCGUGCUCCAGCGCGGCUACAAGUGGACCGCGAUCGCGCAGUCACUCCCGCGCGAGCGCUCGGCCGACGCGGUGCGCAACCGCUGGCACAGGCUGCAGUCGCGACGAUCGGGAGGGACGCCGCGCGGCUCGCCUGCACUGAUGCGCCCCAGGUCGGACGGCGAAGCCGACUCCGAGGGCGGCGUGUCCGCCGAGGACUCUGGCGAGCUCGGCGCCGACGUCGGCGAGGACUUCAACCUCACCGAGGAGAAGCACGGCGACAUGUGGACCGAGGAGGAGGACUCGAUCAUCUACAACGCGGUGGUGCAGCGUGGGCCGUGCUGGACCGCCAUCGCCCAGCUGCUGCCCGGCCGCACCCACUCGGGGUGCCGCAACCGCUGGGUGAGGAUGCAGGAGCGGCGGCUGGCCGCGGCCGGCGUGCACGUCACGGGCGCGACGCAGGUGAUGGAGGUGCUGCGCAGGCUGGGCUUCUCGUGGGGGAGCGACGCGAACGCCGCCGGCGUGGCGCACCUGGCGGCGGUGGCCGCUCAGCAUGGCGGGGACUCUCACGGUUCAGGCGUGGCGCACCUGGCGGCGGCGGCGCAGCAAAUGGCGGCGGCGCAGCAAAUGGCUGCGCACUGA